GUAUCUCUACAAAUUACGGGACCUUCAUUUGGAUGGAGAGAACUACACAGAAGCAGCGUACACCCUCUUGCUGCACUCCAAAUUGCUCAAGUGGUCAGAGGAGCAGUGUCUGCCUCAGCUGGACUAUCAGACGCCUCAGUCUCAGAGACAACUCAAAGAGUCACUCUACGACAACAUCAUCAGCUACUUCGACAAGGGCAAGAUGUGGGAGGAGGCCAUUACUCUGUGUAAGGAGUUGGCAGAUCAGUUUGAGAUGGAGGUCUUCGACUACGAGCUCCUCGGACAGAAACUGAAUCAACAGGCCAAGUUCUACGAGAACAUCAUGAAGAUCCUGCGGCCCAAGCCAGACUACUUUGCGGUGGGAUAUUACGGCUGCGGCUUCCCUCCAUUCCUCAGGAAUAAAGUGUUCAUCCACCGGGGGAAAGAGUACGAGCGCAGGGAGGAUUUCCAGAGUCAGCUGAUGAGUCAGUUUCCCAGCGCUGUCAGACUCAACAUCACCACCAUGCCUGGAGACGACAUCAAAAACUCCAACAUGCAGUAUAUCCAGUGUUUUACAGUGCAGCCAGUUCUAGAGAUCCCACCGCGUCUGAAGAACAAACCAGUGCCGGAUCAGAUCAUCAAUUUCUACAAGUCCAACUACGUGCAGCGAUUCCAGUAUUCCAGACCCGUCAGGAAAGGAAAAGUAGAUCCUGACAAUGAGUUUGCUUCGAUGUGGAUUGAGCGCACCACAUUCAUCACCGCAUACAAACUGCCGGGAAUCCUGCGCUGGUUUGAGGCCAUCAACAUCACACACACCACGAUCAGUCCUCUGGAGAAUGCCAUUGAGACGAUGGGACAGACCAAUGAGAAGAUCCUCACCAUGAUCAACCAGUACCAGUGUGAUGAGACGUUACCCAUAAACCCCCUGUCCAUGCUGCUCAACGGCAUCGUGGAUCCUGCCGUCAUGGGAGGAUUUGCCAAAUACGAGAAGGCCUUCUUCACAGACGAGUACACACACGAACAUCCAGACGACAGAGAAAAACUGAUGAGACUGAAGGACCUCAUUGCAUGGCAGAUCCCGCUGUUGGGCCGAGGAAUCGCUCUGCAUGGCAAAGGAGUGACGGAUGAUCUGCGGCCGUUCCACGAGCGCAUGGAGGACUGUUUCAAACAGCUGCGCAAGAAGGUGGAGAAGGAGUACGGAGUCAGAGAGCUGCCGGAUAUGGAUGAGCGGAGAUCCACCCGUCCACGCUCGAUGCUGCGCUCGGUGCGUCAGUCCAUCUGCUCAUUGGCUGGAUCUGAGUGCGGAACGCCCACUAAGACACGGCCAGAGAGUGUGUCUCUGGACAGUGGUGUUCCUCCAUCUCCCUCCAUCAUCCCUCGCUCCAGUGGGAGUGUCAGUGUGACGGAUGAGAGCGGUGUGGAAGUGGAGGUGAAACUGAGGAAGUCGAAGAAGAAGCAGAAAAAAGGUCGAGGCAGCAUGAUCUUCAUCAGCGAGGAGAAGGAGCGCAGCAGCACCCUCGACAAACGGCUGUCUAAGAAGCAGGAGUUUCGCAGUGAUACCAAUCUGUGUGAGUCCACUGAGAGCAGCAGCGGCCUCGUCAACUCCAAAUCUCUGCCCACUAUUACUGGUCUGGCUUUGUCAGUAGCCAAUGGGAGCGAGGAGGCGGAGUCAGCGCGGUCCAAACGGGACAGUAAGAGUGUGUCUGUGUGUCUGCCGUCAGACCGCACAGGAGACCGGCGCUCUAAAGGAGUCAUUAACCUGCUCUUUAAAACCAAGCUGAGCUCUAAAACAGAUGAAGCAAAAGCCUCUUCUGAACCACACAAUGAAGCUCGUUUCUAACAUCUCUAAUGGAGGUUUUACAAAUUUGUUUUUGCUGUUACAAAAUUACUUACGAAGCGAUGAAGCCCAUAAAGUAAGAGAGUUUGCAGUUUUCAUCUGAAGAAUUAAGUGAGCUUUGAUUUCACUGAAUGUGUUUGAAGGCAAACUUUAAUGAAGUGAAGUCAAUCACUGCUGGCUUCAAGCUCUGUCUUAAACAUUGCAGCUGUACGUUCCAGCAAGAAAUACCUUUUUUUUAAUCAUGUAACUUUUAAUUAUUAGUAUAAAUCCACACAAAUGGGCUGUUUGAGUUAUAGGACUGCUGGGUUUGCAGACAUUUGUGUUGGUGUUUUGCUUGUGUUUGGUUACAGUCCAUCAUUCACAUCCUUAUAUUCAUUCACAUGUUAUAAAACUGUCAAAUUUAGUUUCUUCUCUAUGUCUCUCAACAUCUGCUUACACCUGCUCUAAAUAAUGUGUAAUAAUACAAAUUACAGUCAGAUUAAUUGCAAUAUUCUGUACUCACAUUAUUGUAUUUGAUGAGGAAAAACCCUCAAACGAAGAUUAUUACAUUUUAUGACUGAGAAGUAAAAUAAUAAAUAGACAAAAACAAA